CGAGGAUUUCCGGAGCUAGCCGAAGCAUCGCCGACAGUUUCCGGAGAGAGCCGAGGGGCUCCGACCGGAGGCACGGAGGCGCGAUCAUGGCGGUGCCCAGUGCUACCUCGGUUGAGACGAGCGAGGAGUUGGCGCCCGGCGAUGAGGCGCUGGCCGCGGCCCGGGAGCGGAGCAGCCGCUUCUUGAGCGGCCUAGAGCUGGUGAAGCAGGGCGCCGAGGCGCGCGUGUUCCGAGGCCGUUUUCAGGGCCGCGCGGCCGUGGUGAAGCACCGCUUCCCCAAGGGUUACCGGCAUCCGGCGCUGGAGGCGCGACUCAGCAGGCGGCGGACGGUGCAGGAGGCCCGGGCGCUGCUCCGCUGUCGCCGCGCAGGGAUAUCUGCCCCAGUUGUCUUUUUUGUGGACUAUGCUUCCAACUGUUUAUACAUGGAAGAAAUUGAGGGCUCAGUGACUGUUCGAGAUUAUAUUCAAUCCACCAUGGAGACUGAAAAAACUCCCCAGAGCCUCUCCUGCUUAGCCAAGGCAGUCGGGCAGGUUUUAGCUCGAAUGCACGAUGAAGACCUCAUUCACGGUGAUCUCACCACCUCCAACAUGCUCCUGAAACCCCCCGUGGAACAGCUGAACAUUGUGCUCAUAGACUUUGGGCUGAGUUUCAUUUCAGCACUUCCAGAAGAUAAGGGAGUAGACCUCUAUGUCCUCGAGAAAGCUUUCCUCAGUACUCAUCCCAACACCGAGACUGUGUUUGAAGCUUUUCUGAAAAGCUACUCCUCCUCCUCCAAAAAGGCCAGACCAGUGCUAAAAAAAUUAGAUGAAGUACGCUUGAGAGGGAGAAAGAGGUCCAUGGUUGGAUAAAAGAAUAUGUGUGACAAUCACACAGUUAGGAUUUUUAUUUCAAAGUCAAUUUGAAAGAAUGCUACAAGUAUGAGUGAAGAUCUAAAUAAAAGUGUUGAGAUAUUUUUAA